AUGCUACUGAAUACCGACUAUCAGACAGAACAAAAACAACUAGACAAACAUACUGAUAAUAAUCUUGAUAAUGAUGAUGAUCAUGAUGUUGGUAUGUGUCACAGCGGAAGAGAUCGAAAACAAUUUUAUAUCAAGGUUCUCAUUGUGUUACUUUAUCAAUUGUUCAUUUUGAAUAGCGUAUUCUACGCUUUUGAUUAUAUACCAUUAAUAAAUCAAUGGAUUGGAGAACAUAUCUGGUCAAUGUAUUUAUUAUGUUUACUGAAUGGUUAUAAUGCAGUGGUUCUUUUAAAAAUUCCAACUAUUGAACAAUUCUUUCCUCUUAAUAUAAUUAUUUUGAGUAUUUUUACAAUUUGUCAUUCUUCCAUUGCGGCUAAUAUCACUUAUCAAACUACAACAGUUGAUGAUAUCAUUUCAAUCAGUAUUGUUUUAAUCACAUCAACAAUUUUAUUUAGUAUUGCAACAAAAUUCUCUUAUGAUAUAACAAUAUAUUUUUAUCAAUAUUUCUAUAUAUUUACAUUAUCAGUGAUUAUUAUACCAGCUUUUAUGAUAAUAUUUACUAUACUUGGAUAUGAAAUUAUAUUAAAUAAACUACUCAUGGUGUUCGCUUUUAUAUUCUUUCAAUUUUUCACAAUUAUCACUGUGCAAACACUUCAAGGUGGUCAUGAUGUUGAAGUACAAAUACAAGAUUAUGUUUUAGGCUCAAUGCAAAUGUUCAUUGUGAUUUUAUGUUCAUCUUUAUCGUUGUCAACAUUAUUUGAUAGAAAUUCCACGGAAGAAUAUGAUUUUUUAAAAACUAUAUUUCUUUUAUUCAAUAUUCCUUUAGUUUAUUUUUCUAUAUUAAAUAAUGAAGUUAAUAUGAAAAAGAAAUUAAAGAAAAACAAUGUUGCAUAGAAUGAUUGAAAUAAAAUGAUUUAUGGCAG